GUGAGAGCUGAAAGUCAAGUCAAACCAAACAUAUAAUGCAUGAUAAAACCUAACUAAGUAGUCGUUCUUUUUAUGUUCAAGUUGUCGCAGCAUGAUGGGCUUUUAAUGUAGUUUCGUGUCGGUUAAAGCGGCGUUUGUCACCAUGUUUCAGGCGGUAUCUAAAACGCUCUCUGCUGCAUCAACCACUUUAGUUUGUCGGGGUGUAUUGAUUCGAUGUUAUUGUAAGAAGACACCAACGAAACUAAGAGUGUCUCGGGCACUGUCGGGGGCAGAUUUGGGAGCAAGUGUCAAAGUACAGGGAUGGGUUCGCUCCGUCAGGCCUCAGAAGGCCAACCUCUUCCUCCAUGUGAAUGAUGGGAGCUCCCUGCAGCCGCUGCAAGUCGUCGCCAGUCCAGAGCUGAAUGAUCCGCUGCUGACAUUCGGUAGUGCUGUCGAAGUCACAGGUAUCCUCAAGAAAAGCCCCCACAAGAAACAGUCGGUUGAACUGGAAGCAGAUCAAAUCCUUGUAGUUGGAGAAUGUGACCCAGUGGAUUUUCCCUUUAAAAUCAAAGAGAGACACGGCCUUGAGUACAUUCGCCAGUACCCUCAUCUCAGGUGUAGAACAAAUGCCUUCAGCUCUCUGUUGAGAAUACGAAGCGAGGCCACUACAGCAAUUCACUCCUACUUCAAGGAAAAUGACUUUGUACAGAUUCACACUCCCAUCAUCACCUCAAAUGAUUGCGAAGGGGCAGGGGAGCUCUUCCAGGUUGAGCCGUCAGGCCCUGAGAUUGUAGAAGAUGAGUACUUUUUCUCGGUACCGACUUUCCUGACUGUGUCUGGACAGCUUCAUUUGGAGGUGAUUUCAGGGGCUUUUUCUAGAGUUUACACAUUCGGGCCAACUUUUCGUGCAGAGAAUUCCCAAAGCAGACGGCACCUGGCGGAGUUUUACAUGGUGGAGGCAGAGAUCUCCUUCACGCAGUCCAUAGAGGAUCUCACCAAAGUCAUGGAGGACAUGUUCAAAUCUGCCACCGAACAUGUCUUGGCUCACUGUGUGGAGGAUGUGGAUUUGUUUCACAAGCAUGUGACUCCUGGACACAGGGACACAGUAGAUGCUAUGAUGAAGAACACUUUCCCUGUGAUUACCUACACUGAGGCUGUAGACAUCCUAAACCGCAGCUCGGAGAAAUUCGCCUCCCCAGCCGGUUGGGGUUGUGACCUUAAGACGGAACACGAGAAGUACCUGGUGAAACAUUGCGGCAACAUUCCAGUCUUUGUCACUGAUUAUCCCUAUGAUCUGAAGCCUUUCUAUGCAAGAGACAACCAGGACCAUCCUGAGCGUACAGCAGCUGCGGUGGACCUUCUUGUGCCAGGAGUUGGAGAGCUCUGUGGGGGCUCGCUGAGAGAGGAGAGGCUGGAUCUGCUGAGGGCUCGGCUGGAAGAGGCUGGAUUAGAAGACACCUACAGCUGGUAUCUGGACUUGAGGCGUUUUGGCUCCGUCCCUCACGGAGGCUUCGGACUGGGAUUUGAGCGAUACUUGCAGUGCAUUCUCGGCGUUGACAACAUAAAAGAUGUGAUUCCUUUCCCAAGAUUUUCACAUUCUUGUCUUCUAUGAGACACAAUUCGAGCCAAAUGGAGAAGUUCAUAAAUGUGUUUGUUUUUUUGGUGUCUAAAAAAAAGAAAAGUCAAAUAAAUAAAUUAUUCAGCUUUGUGUAA